CAGUGACGCUGGAGCGGCUAGGAUCUGAGGAUCUGGAAAGCACUCAGCGUCAGCUACUGGAACAGUUUGAACUGCUAGAGGACCACAGUAGGCGACUCACAGAGCGGCUACACCAGUUGCAGAGCCAGGCGGGACCCGAGGGUCAACAGAGGCAGCAGCUAGAAGCCGUUUGCCUGAAAGCUGGUUGCCCGUGAUUAACAGCAUGGAGAGUAUGCGUCCCCAAGAUCUGACCCUUGAGUAUGUGGUUGGAAGAUUGACCGAAGAAGCAGAAAGAAGGUCAGAUAGACAGGCUGAACUCCAAGAACGGAGGAGUUACAGCCGAGGGGGCCAGCAGCAGAAUCUGCCAAUGGAGCAAUGCCAAGGUUUGGACUUGGCUAUGGUGGUGAGGAGGUGCUAUAGAUGCAACCAACCCAGGCAUCUCCAACGUCAAUGCAGGGCAAGACUUCCAGGAGACGACGUGGAGCAGAGACAGCAAUCAACGCAGAAAUGUAAGCAGAAGGGGUUCUCUUCAGGGAAGAAGAACACGCGUUCUGCUCAGUUUGUUUCUGCAUUUUCUCGAGAGGAGAGGAAGAUACCUCGAGGAACAUGGUUGCUGGACUCUGGGAGCAGCAGGAUUAUCUGCAACAGGCGGGAGGACUUUAAGACCCUGGGGAAGCCAGCUGAUGGAAAAGACUCAAUCUAUCUUGCUGAUGGUUGUAGAAGCAAGAUUGAUGGCCAGGGAACAUGUUUCCUGCAGUGCUUGAACACUACUCUACCAGAGACUCUGUUUGUCAGCAGUUUGGACUAUUGUUUGCUGUCUGUAAGCUGUUUGAUUAAUGCAGGGUAUAGUGUUAAGUUCACGCAGGAUGGCUGUCUGAUAACGAAUGGAACUCAGGUAUGUGGCCAUGCAAAGAUGGAGAAUGGGUUAUAUGUAAUGCAGGACAAGCCUGUUAAAGCAGCUCAGGUGGUUCAGGAAAAUUUAGCAGUUCAUAAGGGGUGUGUACAUGAACUGCACAGAAAACUGGGUCUCGCCAAUUUCCGUGUGCUUUCAGAGAUGCAAAAGGUGUGCAAGAACCUAAAAGUAAAUAGCUGUAAUUGUUUCCUAGAUUGCAAUGUAUGUAAAAUGGCCAAAUCUAAGAGGAGGCCUGUGGCUUCUAAAAGUGACAGAAUUGCCUACUGCCCCUGCAAGUAA